AUGUCCAGCUCAUCCAAAAUCGCUCGAACAAAAGUAGUCGCCGCUUCAAGUCGACCUCAAACCCGAGGUCUGGCUGACAGGACUAUAAUAGCUGCGAACAAGAACCAGGUGCCUAUCAGGACCAACCUUCGAGGUUCUGCUUUGCUCAACACCCCUCGUGGUGCGGGAUUCUCAAGAGAAGAAAGACAGAUUUUCGGCUUGGAAGGAUUCUUGCCUUAUGAUGUGCAUUCUCUUGAAAAACAAGCUCUGAGAGCUUACAACCAGCUUCUCAAGCAACCCUCUGUAAUCCUCAAACAUGCUUUCCUCGCAUCGCUUCGAGAUCAGAAUCAAGUUCUGUUCUACAAAAUCAUGCAAGAUCACUUGAAAGAAUUGCUUGGUGUUCUCUAUACUCCUGGCGCCGCUGAAGCUGUCGCCAACUACUCCAACCUUUUCAGACGUCCUGUUGGAUGCUACAUCUCCUUCCCUAACCAAGAUGGUAUGCGAGCUCAACUCGAAGGUCAUUUGCUAGACGUCAACAGGACCGCAGACGUAGCGUACGAUUCAAACAAUCCUCAUGAUGCUAUCGAUUUGGUGGUUGUUACAGAUGCGGAGGCUAUUUUGGGUAUUGGAGACCAAGGUGUUGGAGGUAUAACCAUCUCAACUUCCAAAGCCGCCCUAUACACCUUAGGAGCAGGUAUAAAUCCCAAUCGAAUUCUCCCCGUCGUACUAGAUUGCGGUACAGACAAUCACGCUUUAUUCUCCGAUUCACUUUACAUGGGUUGGAAACGUACGAGAAUCAGGGGCAAAAACUAUGAUCAAUUCGUUGACAGGUUCAUCAAGAAUUGUAGAGAGUUAUUCCCCAAUGCUAUCAUCCACUUUGAAGAUUUCGGUAUGGCCAAUGCCUACAGGUUGAUGGAGAAGUACAAGCACAUCCCAAUGUUUAAUGAUGAUAUUCAAGGUACUGGUGCUGUUGCGCUUGCUGCGUUAAUUGCCGCCAUCAAAGUGUCCGGUGCAAGUCUGAAAGACCAGCGAAUCGUGAUUUACGGAGCCGGAUCAGCAGGUAUGGGUAUCGCCGAACAGAUCAAAGAUGGACUCAUGAUCCUGGAAGGUCUCACGGAGGAAGAAGCAUGCAGGAGGUUCUGGUGUGUGGAUAGGAACGGAUUGUUGGUGGAGAGUAUGGGGAACAAUUUGAGACAUGCUCAAUUACCUUAUGCUAGACCUGAUGAGGAGACUGAACACUGGGCUAAGAGCGAGGACAAUGAUGGUACUUGGUUGAUGGAUGUCGUCAAGAAUGUUAAACCUACUGUAUUGAUUGGUACUUCAACCCACUCGCGAGCCUUCUCAGAAGAACUCAUCAGGGAGAUGGGUAAACACGUCGAGAGGCCUAUUAUCUUCCCCAUGUCCAACCCUACCGCCCUCUGUGAAGUUGAUCCAGCAGAUGCCCUCCACUGGACCGAGAACCGAGCUUUGGUAGCUACUGGUUCCCCAUUCCCACCUGUUGAAUUAGGCAAUGGUAAACAAUAUACUGUUGCUCAAACCAACAACGCUUUGAUCUACCCUGCUUUAGGACUCGGAGCGAUCCUCGCUCGAUCCAACACCAUCUCCAACUCGAUGUUAAUGGCAGGAGUCAACUCGCUCGCUUCCCUCUCUCCAGCAUUGUCUAACCCCGAAGCUUCCCUCCUACCUGAUUUGGCCGACGUUCGAAAUGUCUCAGUUGAUGUUGCCGCCGCAGUCGUAAGGCAGGCGGUACAGGAUGGUAAUGCAAAAGAUGAAAAUACCAUCAAGGUCGUCAAUGGAAAAGGUCCAUUACCCCUUGAAGAAUACAUCAGGUCACGAAUGUGGGACGCAGUUUACAGACCACUCGAACUUGUCGACUAA